UUCGCAUUCCACAAAAGUAGUAACGAGCAGCAGCCUUUGGCUUCGCUUCGCUUCCUUCUAUUAUUCGUAUUCUCUCUCUCUCUCUCUCUCGCUUCACUCUCUGCCAAGCCGAACCAGGCAACUAUUUUUCUGCAUUGCAAAUAUCUCUGUUGUUUUCCCUAUAGAGUAAAAAUUAAUACGAAGAGCCAUGCAAAAGGAUAAUAGUACCGGCACUCCAUCAACUCCUUCUGCUCGUGUUCGACAUCGUCGACGUUCACAUGAGGUAAUAGCAGAGGAUGGCAAAGCAAACGGAAAUGAUUUACUUGUUCAUGAUAGUAAUAAAUACAAAUCAAUGUGGAUCCGUGCAUACUCAUCUAUUUGGAUGAUUGCGGGCUUUGUGUUUAUUAUCUACACGGGUCAUCUUUAUAUUAUGACUAUGGUUGUCGUUAUCCAAAUCUUUAUGGCUAGAGAGCUGUUCAAUUUACUCAGGAGAACACAUGAAGAUAAACAGCUCCCAGGAUUUAGGCUACUAAAUUGGCACUUUUUCUUCACUGCAAUGCUAUUUGUUUAUGGCCGCCUUCUCAGUCAACGGCUUGUCAAUACCAUAACCUCGGACAGAUAUUUAUAUCAGCUUGCGAGCAGCCUUUUCAAGUAUCAUAUGGCUAUCUGUUAUUUCUUAUAUAUUGCAGGUUUUAUGUGGUUCAUUCUUACACUAAAGAAGAAGAUGUACAAGUAUCAGUUUGGCCAGUACGCAUGGACACACAUGAUUCUAAUUGUCGUGUUUGCACAGUCUUCCUUCACUGUUGCCAAUAUUUUUGAAGGAAUUUUCUGGUUUCUUCUUCCAGCAACUCUGAUAGUCAUCAAUGACAUUGCUGCUUAUUUCUUUGGUUUCUUUUUUGGAAGAACCCCUUUAAUCAAGUUAUCUCCAAAGAAAACUUGGGAGGGAUUCAUUGGAGCAUCUGUUACUACAAUGAUCUCUGCGUUUGUGCUUGCAAACAUCAUGGGUCGUUUUCCAUGGCUAACAUGUCCAAGGAAGGAUUUAUCAAGUGGUUGGCUUAACUGUGAUCCUGGUCCAUUUUUUAAGCCUGAGCACUUCACUUUACCAGGAUGGGUUUCUCAAUGGUUUCCUUGGAAAGAGGUCUCAAUUAUGCCUGUUCAAUGGCAUGCUCUAUGCCUUGGCUUGUUUGCAUCUAUAAUAGCACCUUUUGGAGGCUUCUUUGCUAGUGGUUUCAAAAGAGCUUUUAAAAUUAAGGACUUCGGUGAUAGUAUUCCUGGACAUGGUGGAAUUACAGAUAGAAUGGACUGCCAGAUGGUGAUGGCCGUAUUUGCUUACAUCUAUCUUCAGUCAUUUGUUGUGCCACAAAGCCUGUCAGUUGAGAGGCUCUUGGACCAGAUAUUGAUGAACCUCACUUUGGAGGAGCAGCAAGCUCUCUACACAAAGCUUGGGGAUAUCUUGCAGGAGAGGCUGUUUGGAGAGCCGUAGAUCUGCAUAACCCGUGUCUUGCCUUGAUGUCUUCUUUCUUCCCAGCAUGUUAUAUACAUGGUGGCCUAACGGCAAAAAAAAAAAAAAAAGGAUAAUGUUUUGUAUAUUGUGGUGUGUUCCAUUUUCCUAGUUCCACCCCACUCAAAUACUUAGGUGAGUAAUUCUUUAGUUGGCAUACUCUGUAUAGUGUAUUUUAGCCAUUUAAUAUUACAUGAACUCUCAAUAGAGUAUGAAUUGCUCCUCCC